GGCUAACGCACACACACAACUAUAGGAUAACGAUGGCGUCCACGGCGAUGGAUACGACGUAAAUAAACAACAUCAGGUGCGUGCAUGUUUAUGUCUCAGUAACGAUUCACUGUGGCGGGACAUUAAAUUAAAUAAGUGUGUCAUAAUGGCGACCGCGAGCGGCGGUGGCGGCUUAGUGUCGAACCAUGGCCGUCAAGAAGCAGCGUCCAACUCGGUUCAGUCCGGAGCCGCAGCAGCAGCAGCAGCAGCAGCAGCGAUGUGCAACGCACCAGUCUCCGGUUCUGCUGCUCCACCAGGCUCCCCGCCUGUCCUCGGCCUCCACCGGGAGCCCGUGUACAACUGGCAGGCGACGAAGAGCUCCCUGAAGGAGCGCUUCGCUUUUCUGUUCAACAACGAGCUGCUCAGCGACGUCAGGUUCAUCGUGGGGAAAGGCAGGCAGGCCCAGAGGAUACCCGCCCACAAGUUCGUCCUGGCCGCCGGCAGCGCAGUGUUCGAUGCCAUGUUCAACGGAGGGAUGGCCACCACUUCAACCGAGAUCGAGCUGCCGGAUGUGGAGCCGGCAGCUUUCCUCGCCCUGCUCAGGUUCCUGUAUUCUGAUGAGAUCCACAUUGGUCCAGAGACUGUGAUGACGACUCUGUACACAGCAAAGAAGUACGCGGUACCUGCUCUGGAGGGUCACUGUGUGGAAUUCCUCACCAAGCACCUCAGAGCUGACAACGCCCUCAUGCUCCUCACUCAGGCGAGGUUAUUUGACGAGCCUCAACUUGCCAGUCUCUGCUUGGACAUCAUAGACAAAAGCACUGCAGAUGCAAUAAACGCAGAGGGAUUUACAGAUAUUGACCUCGACACCUUGUGUGCAGUGCUAGAAAGAGACACGCUGAGCAUCAGGGAGAACCGUCUGUUCGGGGCGGUGGUGCGCUGGGCCGAGGCCGAGUGUUACAGACAACAGCUUCCCCCGACCUCCGAGAACAAACAGAAGGUUUUGGGGAAGGCGCUCCCCCUCAUCCGCUUCCCACUCAUGACUGUUGAGGAGUUUGCUGCAGGGCCUGCCCAGUCUGGAAUAUUGUUCGAUCGGGAGGUGGUAAAUCUGUUUUUACACUUUACAGUAAACCCUAAACCACGAGUCGACUACAUUGACAGACCCCGCUGCUGCCUCAGGGGGGAGGAGUGCAGCAUUAAUAGGUUCCAGCAGGUUGAGAGUCGAUGGGGGUACAGUGGUACCAGCGACAGAAUCAGAUUCAAUGUAAACAAAAGGAUUUCCAUUGUGGGUUUUGGCUUAUAUGGUUCAAUUCAUGGCCCCACUGACUAUCAGGUCAACAUACAGAUCUUAGAGAGCGACAAACGCAUCACUCUGGGCCAGAACGACACUGGUUUCAGCUGCGACGGCACGGCAAGCACAUUCAGAGUGAUGUUCAAAGAGCCGGUGGAAAUCCUUCCCAACGUCAGCUACACUGCGUGUGCCACCUUAAAGGGCUCAGACUCCCAUUAUGGCACAAAAGGGCUGAAGAAAGUGACGCAGGAGACGGCCACCGGGACCAAAACGACAUUUUUGUUUUUUAGCUCACCUGGAAACAACAACGGUACGUCGGUGGAGGACGGGCAGAUCCCGGAGAUCAUCUACUACAACUAGACUUGACACGGUGGUGUUACAGGUACACUGAAACCGGUGAGACCUCAGACUGCUGUGAAAACUGGCUUUUGCUGGACACAUAACGCGGACGUAGUGCCUCAUGAACCUUUUUGGAAUAAAGAAUGUGUGUGUGUUUCAGUGUGUGUAUGUGUGCAUCUGUCUGUAGAAUAGACAUGUACAGACAUGAUUCGUAACACGCCAACAGACCACAGCUCUGGUCUGAUCAAACACUAAUUGGGCAUGAACUGUAUCCCUGUUUUUUUUUUUUUUACCUCAUGGAGAUUCUGUUGUCCUUUCUACGUGGUGUUAGCAAUAAGCUGCCAGAAACAGAAACGACAGGGACGGCUUCCAUUUGUUGGUCGAUUCUUUUUAUCAAGAAGUUUAAUAUCGGCAUAUUUUUUAUGGUGCACUGUCAUUGUCAUUCAUAAAGCAGGUGUACUUUGUUUGUGCACUGUGUUAAGAAGA